UAGGGCGCAAUAAUUAUUUAGGGCGCAAUAAUUAUUUAGGGCGCAACGAUGAUUAUAUAGGGCGCAACAAUGAUUAUAUAGGGCGCAAUAAAUAUUUAGGGCGCAACAAUGAUUAUAUACUGCGCAAUGAUUAUAUAGGGCGCAAUAAUUAUAUAGGGCGCAAUGAUUAUAUAGGCCGCAACAAUAACUACUUAGGGCGCAAUGAUUAUGUUGGGCGCAAUAAUUAUAUUGGGCGCAAUGAUUAUAUAGGGCGCAAUAAUUAUGAUUAUGUUGGCCGCAAUAAUUAUAUAGGGCGCAAUAAUUAUAGAGAAGGCAAUUCAUUUUAUUAUCGCAAUAGAUAUAAUCAAAAUUAUCGAAAUAUACCACGACAAUAUUUUAGUCCAUAUGAUAGAGGUGGAUAUGGUUUCGUAAGUCCAGGACAAGAACAACAGGCAAGAUUAGUUCAACCCGCUAGAUUACCUCGUCGAUUAAGUAAUCGUCCUAGAAGACGAGGUCCACGACAAAUUCGUUUAAAUGAUUUUAUGCCAACUGAAUUACGUGAACCUUUGCCACAACUUCCACCUGAUUUUAAUAUAACAACAAAUACAAAUGCUCCACCAGAUGCAUUACCACAACGUGAAAGAUUUGUUCAAAAUGAUACUACUCAACCUUUCACAGUUACUGGAAAUAAUCAAAAUAAACAACUACGUCAACAACAGCAACAAAAUCAACGUCAACGUAAAACAACAUCUUCAUUUAGACGUCGACAACGUCGUAAUAAUCGAUUUGCUGUAUUAGCUGAUGAAAAUGAUAUUUUAUCUGAUGUGAAAGCUGAAGUUAAAGAUGAUUCUAUGCCUUUAAAUACAAAUAAAAAAUUAAGAAAUGUUAAAAAUGCUAAAAAGACUCGUCGAUAUCUUGAACCAACUCGUAUAUUAAAAUGGUUAGAAGAUCAUUCGCGAAGUUCAAAAAAUGCUAUAAGUAGUCGUGGAAAUCAAGCAUAUGUAUUAGCUUCAGCCUCAAGUUAUGAUGAUUGGGUUCGUAAUAAUUAUGAAUUACAAAUCUGGCAAGCUUACCUUAAAAUGGGUACUGAACAAAAACAUUGGGCUAAAGAAGUUAUUCGACGUACAAAACGACGUGAUGAUAUAAUUAAUACUCGAUUUGUACAAAAGAAAAUUAAUCGUUUAACAACUGAUAUCGCUAGAGCAUGUGCUACUAUUUCAGAACUUCAAAUCGAAUUAUCUACAUAUUGGAUGCAAACAACUUCUGAAACUGGAAAUCAAAGAUUAGCUCAAACAACAGCUAAUAUAGUAGCUAAAAAGUUAUCAGUAGAAAAAGCACGUCAAGCAGUAACUACGGCAACUGUAGGAACAGAUACAGAAGAUGAAUUAAUUACAGGAACUACAGAAACAGUCCAACCUGCUGCUACUACUACAAUGACGACUAAAAAUUAUGCUCGAGAACCAGUUGAACGUAUAGAAAAAUAUAUAUUGGAAUACAUUUAUUUUUGUACACAACAUAUGAAAAAAUUGGCUCAAUCUCGAAUACAAUUAGCUAAAGUUCAAAUGGAUGAAUUUAAAGCAUUAGAAGAUUUUGAACAAAUAGCUAGCCCAGCUCAAUGGAAUAUUCAUUUAAUAUUAAAACCCAAAAUUAAGAAUUGGUCUACAAAAAAUAAAAAUUAUCAAAUGUUAUCAAAACGUGUUGAAUUAGAUUUACUUCCAAAAAUUAUUGAAAAAGUUAAUUUUUCUUUUAAAAUUGAUGAAUCAAUUAUUAGUCAAGAUGAAGCUCAAGCCACAUAUAAUCAAAUGCGUCAAAUUACCAAAGAUUUUCGUAUUCAAGCAAUGACAUUAUAUGUUCAAUCAACUGCUCGAGAAAAUGAAAUCUUAUCAAAUGAAAUUAAAGGUAUUGUUGAUAGAUUUCCCAAUGAUAACGAUGAUGGUUUUGAUGCUGAACCUGGUUAUGCAGCUUUUAAACAAUAUCAUGAUCGAGGGCGAUACCAACAAUCUGCAAAUACAAGAAGAACCAAUCGCUCCGACUGUAAUACGUUCGCUGGGCGAGGAUUUCUUGCUCCAGCAAUAAUUAAUGAAGCAAAUAUUCGAUUAAAUGAAGAAGAACAUCAAUUAUUAAAAUUGGGACCCAAAUUUAUAUUCAAUGACCCAAAAACAGCUGCUCGACGACGUAUAACUGAGUUGGCUGCUCUUCGUCGAAAAAUUGAAAAUUGUUUCUUUCGAAAGAAAGUGAGCCCUGGUCGUCCUGUUCAACAAUUUAUAGCUGAAUUAGAUGUACUUCUUCAAACUUUACAUAAUGUUUCAACAGCAGAUAAAUAUUUAAAUAAAAAUGCAUUAAUUGACAAUAAUACAAAUCAAAAUAAAAAUGUUAUAGAAAUUAUAAAUAGUCAAUUGUCUCAAUCACAAAUUGUUAAUACAAUUAAAAUUAAGAAAAAGAAGAAUUAUGGAAGAUUAGUUAAAAGAUUGAAGCAUAAAUUUAAAUUGGCAAAUGUCGUAUUACAAAAAUCAGAUAAAUCAAAAGUAUUCCAUUUAGGUAAAUUAGAAGAUUAUCGUAAGAAAUCUGAAGAAUAUAUGGCUAAAACUGAAGCAUAUAAAUGCUUAGGUACAAAUGAUCCAUUACCAGAUUUAAUUACAAGAACCAAUAAAUAUUUAUUGGAUUUAAGAUUAACUAAAUGGAUUACUCAAAAACAAUACGAAAAUUUAUGUAUUAAUCCAUGUGAAGUGGAGCUGGCUCAUUUAUAUUAUUUACCAAAAGCCCAUAAGCCAGGUACUCCUCUUCGUCCAAUAGUUUCUGGCCUUAAACAUCCUACUAUCAAAAUAUCAAAAUUUCUUGAUGAAUUAUUAAGACCAUUAUUUGAUAAAAUGGCUGUAAAAACAACCGUCAAUUCUGGUUUUGAAUUAAUAAAACAGUUAUUACAAUGGUCAAAGAUAAAUAUGCGUCAAGAAGCAUUAUUUUGUACAAUUGAUGUGAUGGAUCUUUAUACAAUGGUGCCACAAACUGAAGGAGUAUUAUCAUUAAAAAAGAUGUUAGAUUAUUUAAAAUUAAAACGUAUUAAUGGAUUAAAAAUUGAAACAAUUAUUAGAUUAAGUCGAUUUGUAAUGCGAAAUAAUUAUUUUUCUUAUGAUGGCCAAUAUUAUCAUCAAAUUCGUGGUGGAGCAAUGGGCUCCCCUCUUACCCUAACUAUUGCCAAUUGUUAUAUGUUCUUUUAUGAACAGCAAAUUAUAAAGCAAAUACAUAAUAGUGGUGGGCUUUAUUUUAGAUAUAUUGAUGAUAUUUUUAUUGUAAUAAAUUGGCCUGCUCGGCAUUUAUUGAAGCAAAUCGACAAAUGGAAUCAUUUUGAUGAAAAUAUUAAAUUAUCUGAAAAUAUAGGUGUAAUGGCCGAUUUUCUAGAUUUACAUAUAGAAAAUCGAGAUGGUGAAUUAUUUACGACUGUUUAUCAAAAACCAUCUUAUGAGCCAUAUUACUUACCAUUUAAUAGUAUUCAUCCAUUGCAUAUGAAAAUGAAUAUAAUUUUUACUAUGUUACUCCGUGCUAUUCGAUAUUGCUCAACUUUUCAAGAUUAUUUAAAUGAGCGUGAAAGGCUACGAAUGGCAUUAUUAUUAAACAAAUAUCCGAAUAAAUUUAUUGAUACACAAUUUAUGUAUAUUUUAGAAAAGUUAAAUAUUGAACAAUUGUUAACAAUCAAUAAUUAUGCUGAAUACCGUUACAAAAUUAUAGAUUCUCCAAUAAAAGAAAAAGUACCUAUAGAUUUUGGAAAGACAAUGUUUGUACAUUUUACAUAUUGUUCAAAUAUGAGGAUAUUUCCAGGUAAAUUCCACACAUUAUGGAAUAAAUAUUUUGGUGAAUCUCCAAUUAAUGAUAUUAUACCCACUCUUGGUACUCGAAACGUCAAUAAUCUCCAACGACGAUUAGUACAUACAAGAUGAUAUAAUUUUAAAUAGGUAUUCGAAAAAAUUAUAAUUUAUAGUCAAUAUGGUCUUUAUGAUCUUAAAAAGUCUAAUACAUCCAUUUAAUUCAUGAAAGCUUGGACAUGGUGUUAAUUUGGGCCACAUUGUGUCCUAUUUUUAAACU